AGCUAGAGAUGCAGUCGCUGCACGUUUCUGAGAUGGCAGAAGCACAGAGCACUGUUUGGUCUGGAGCUGGAACCUGGAUGGCAGGCUCUCCUGACAGGCUGGCUCUGCCGAGUGGCUGUCCCUCCCUUUCUGCAGCCUUCUUCCCUCUCCACCAGGUCCUGGGCAGCUCUCUCCGUCCAAAUGGGAGCUGAGUUUGCAAGCUGCCAGGGGAGGCAAAGGGCUGGCGGAGCUGAUGUCAGCGGCAGCAGACAGUUGUGAUUGGAUCUAAUUAGACUUUGCAGCAGCAAAUAGACAAGUUCCCUGCGUGAUUGGCUUCAAAGUGGCUGAUGCCCAACAACUAGCAGAGGUGCCAAAGUGGAAGCCCUGCGUUUGGAGCCCAGACCCGGAGAAGCGGCCGCUGGGAGGAGAGUGGAGCUCCCAGACCCUCCGCCUGCUCGCCUUUCCUUCCCGCCCUGCCGGUUCCUGGAGCGGUGGGCUCUCAGACUCAAAUAACAGGCUCGCAGCCCAGCUGGAAACAAGUGACAGAACAAUUGGAGAGACAAGGAGGGAGUGGGGGGCGCAGGAGUGCUCGGUCCUAAAAAGUGAGCCAGCUCCCUGAUUUGCAGAAGCACAAGCGUUUAGCUGAGGCGGCAGCUGCGGCGGCGGGAGCAGGAAAGGUGAAACUGGUUAAGGAAGGAUUCCUGUCCUGCUCUACUUCCCGAGUCUCAGCCAUGGCAUCGGUGUUGGGGACCAGCAGAGGGUCCGGAGGGCUGAGCAGUCAACUCAGAUGCAAGUCGAAGAGGCGUCGGAGACGGAGGUCCAAGAGGAAAGACAAAGUCAGCAUGUUGUCAGCCUUCAUCUCUCCUUUCAAGCACUUGAGCCCUGGGGCCACAAACACGGAGGAUGAAGACAAUCUAAGUACCAGCAGCGCGGACGUGAAGGAGAACCGGAAUGUGAGCAACUUGGAGGCGCGUCCGCUGCCCUCCGGCGACAGGGCUCGAGGCGGCGUGCCCGGCGUGAAGAGGAAAAGGCCCCUGGAGGAGGGCAAUGGUGGCCACCUGUGCCAAGUGCAGCUGAUCUGGAAGACGCUGUCCUGGUCAAUGGCACCCAAGAACGCACUGGUCCAGCUGCACGAGCUGCGGCCGGGCCUGCAGUACCGGAUGGUGUCCCAGACCGGCCCGGUGCACGCGCCCGUCUUUGCCGUGGCCGUAGAGGUGAACGGGCUGACGUUCGAGGGCACGGGGCCCACCAAGAAGAAGGCCAAGAUGCGGGCGGCCGAGCUGGCCCUGCGCUCCUUUGUGCAGUUCCCCAACGCCUGCCAGGCGCACCUGGCCAUGGGGAGCGGCCCCAGCCCCUGCACGGACUUCACCUCCGACCAGGCCGACUUCCCCGACACUCUGUUCAAGGAGUUUGAGCCGGCGGCGUCCAGCGCGACUUUCCCGGGCCGCCGCCCCGCCGAGCCCGAGCUGCUGUCUGCGGCGUUCCGGCGGGGGCGGCUGCUGCGCCGCACGCUGGACCUGGUGGCGCCGGGCGACAGGAACCCGGUGGUGCUGCUGAACCAGCUGCGCGCCGGCCUGCGAUACGUGUGCCUCUCCGAGCGGCCCCGUAGGUUCGUCAUGGCCGUGAGCGUGGACGGGAGGACGUUUGAAGGCUCGGGACGCAGCAAGAAGCUGGCCAAGGGCCAGGCCGCGCAGGCCGCCCUCCAGGCCCUCUUCGACAUCCGGCUGCCCGGCCACGUGCCCAGCAGGAGCAAAAGUCACCUAUUGCCCCAGGAAUUUGCUGACUCCUUGUCCCAGCUGGUCACGCAGAAGUUCCGCGAGCUGACCGUGGGCCUGACGUCGUCUGUGCACGCCCGCCACAAAGCACUGGCGGGGAUCGUCAUGACUAAAGGCAUGGAUGUCAGGCAAGCACAGGUUAUCGUCCUGUCCUCGGGGACCAAGUGCAUCAGCGGCGAGUACCUCAAUGACCAGGGGCUCGUGGUCAACGACUGCCACGCAGAGACGGUGGCACGAAGGGCACUACUCCACUUCCUGUACGCGCAGCUGGAGCUGCACCUCAGCCAGCGUCGAGAGGACUCGGAGCGCUCCAUAUUUGUGCGGCUGAAGGACGGAGGCUAUAGGCUGAGGGACAACACCCUGUUCCAUCUGUAUGUGAGCACGUCCCCCUGCGGAGACGCACGCCUCAACUCGCCCUACGAAAUCACCACGGACCUGACCAGCAGCAAACACAUCGUCAGGAAAUUCCGUGGGCACCUGCGCACGAAGAUUGAGUCUGGAGAGGGCACCGUGCCCGUCCGGGGAGCCAGCGCAGUACAGACGUGGGACGGCGUCCUGCUGGGCGAGCAGCUUAUCACCAUGUCCUGCACAGACAAGAUCGCCAGGUGGAACGUGCUGGGCCUGCAGGGCGCCCUUCUCUGCCACUUCAUCGAGCCCGUGUACCUGCACAGCAUCGUCGUGGGGAGUCUGCACCACACCGGCCACCUCUCCCGGGUGAUGAGCCACCGGACAGAGGACAUCGGCCAGCUGCCCUCCUCCUACCGGCAUAACCGGCCCCUCCUCAGCGGCGUGAGCAGCGCCGAGGCGCGCCGGCCGGGGAAGUCUUCCCACUUCAGCGUGAACUGGGUGGCGGGCCACGCGGACGUGGAGAUCCUGGAUGCCACCACCGGGAAGCGCAGCUGUGGGGGCUGGUCCCGGCUCUGCAAGCACGUCCUCUCUGCCCGGUGGGCGCGGCUCUAUGGAAAGCUGAGCACGCGGAUACCGAGCCAUGGGGACACACCAGCCAUGUACUGUGAGGCCAAGCUGGGAGCACACACCUACCAGUCCGUUAAACAGCAGCUGUUCAAGGCGCUCCAGAAGGCGGGCCUGGGCAUCUGGGUGAGGAAGCCGCCCGAGCAGGACCAGUUCCCUCUCGCUCUCUGAGUCGCUGGCCCCAGGCCCUCAGACGGAGUGAGGCGCCUGGGCCGGGCGGGCGGUGGGCAGGCGUGGGGGGCAAGACCGUGCUGACCGGGUCUGUGCAUUCAUUUCCUUUGGGGUUCCAGAAACACCCAACUGUGCAAUGCUCGGAGGAGCAACCAGACUUGAACCAGGAGCGCGCUGCUUCUCAGAUGGCCAGUCCCGGGCUGGCCCAGCACAGCCGGCCCACCUCCAGGCACCAGGGCAGUGAGAUUCCUCAGUGUGUCAGAGGGAUGGUGUCUAUUCAGGCUGGAGGGUCCAAGUGGCAGCCUUGAAAGGUGGUCCCGAGGCAUUGCCAGUUAGAAAUAAACUUCAGGCACCAUUUGCUGUGUUCCCCUUUCGAGCGAUGCACUUGGUUGUCACGAGCACAAGCUUAUAGAAACUUCAAGAUAAGCCACAAGUGAAGAGAAAAGCCAUGGGCUCCUCCCCAAAGAAGCCAGUAAGAACACCCUGUCAUUUUCACUAUUCAUUUAAGUGUUUUAUUCUGUCUCCUUUUGCAAAGCAUUUAGGAUGUACGAUACUAAAGAACCCCUAAAACAGGACCAGAGAAAUGAGACCAUUAGGUGCAGAGCAAAGGAACUAGACAUGACGAAACUAAACUUCUCUGAGUGUCGCAAGCUGUCCUGUGUCCCUCUCGUCCAUCACAGCUCUGUCUCUGGCAGAUAGCAGUACCACUAAAUAAGUUUGAGCUGCCUAAGUGUCUGCAAGCACCCCAAUCCCUUCCCACCAGGUAGUGAGGAAAUCCUGGCAUAGCCCAAAUUCUGACUUAGGAACUAACUUGUUCUUACAAAGCAAGCACAAAAGCCUCCAAAACAACCUUGACUCUGGGCAUGAAGAGCUACCAGCUCUCCUUUCCUUUAGGUUCCCCAUCACCAUCACCAUCUUGCACGACAGAAAAAAUUCUCAAAGCAACUGCACAAACGCAAGAGGCAGGAUUCCGUCCUGGCCAGAGCAGACGGCAGACGACAGAACCCUCCCCCGCACGGCUGGACAGAGGAUGCAGUGCCCACAAAUGAGGUGGUCAGGCAGCUGGACUUGCACUCUGCCACGAAGAACUCAUCUCCAACACCCCGCCUGCCAGUCGACAGGUCUCUAAUUUCUCCGAUUACAAGAUUGUGCUAAGUAGCAAAGCUUCAUAGUAGGCAGCUCUGGACUCUGGGCUCCGGGUUAGAAUCCCUGCUGACCACCUUGGGGUACAGCCUGAGAAUACAGGUUUCCCACUUAACCCAGGGAAUGCACGCAUAACAUCAUGCUGUAUAUAUUCGGGUACAAAUUACAGACACAAUACCAAUCAGGCAAAAGUGAAACGAAGUGUAGAUAUUUGUUACAUGGUAACAAGAAGUAGACAUAUUAGUAUGCAAAUAGAAGCUUUUCCCAGGUUACUAUAAGGUCAAAUUUGUUGCUCAAGUUCUUUUAGAAAGGAAAAUAGGCACUGCGGUGUACAAUUUCUCCAGGAUAAAGUUUCGAAAUAUAUGAAAAUGUUUUUACAAAUGUGACUCAUUAAUCCAUUAUAAAAAUUGAGGAAAUAGAAUGAAAUCUUAGUACAAAUGGCCCACUUAUAUAAGUUUCUAAUAAUCUGAUGUAUCACGAGGCUGGGGCUUAGAAAUCCAAAACCCUUAGGACUGGAUUUGAUAUAGACUCUCAGCCGCCAAUAACCGAAGCCCUUCUCCGAAAGUGGUGGGCUCAGGGAUCCCGGGGUGAAGUCUGCGCCCUGAGCUUGCUGCCUGGACAAGGUGUGUGCUUUACAUCAGCUGCUCCAGACAAUGCUCCCCCUUCCAUGUGGAGUGCACACUGGCGGGAGAUGCAGGAUGCAGCAACCUUCAGAGGGCACCGUGGGCCACCCAUCUGAUCUGGUUCAAGGGACCUGGAAGGUAUUCUCCUAUCCCAUAGUGAACAUGCCCACAAUGCCCGAACGAAAGCUGGUUGGUCACAAGUCAUUUUACCUGAGGCCGUGGCUCUCCAGAAACAACCCAGACUUCACUAAAACACAAGCCUCUACUUCUGGAGAAAGCCACACACUAGCACCACUGUGCCCAGGGGCUCCAGCAUGGGGGUGAGUCUGUGAGGCAGGCAGGGGCUCCUUGGAAGGGGAGGCUAGGCUCUGCAAAGAAGGUCGACAGCAAGAGAAGGUUCCAGUGCAGCAGGAAGUCCGUCUGAGCCUGGCACUCUGCGUGGAGGCACCUGUCCAGUGCACGGGGAAACGGGGGAGACGGGGCGGGCAGUGGGGAAUGUUUGCUGUGCGCACAGGGCAGUGAAGGGUGGCGAGCUGAGCCACCAGAAGGCUGACCCAGCCAGGAGGCGGCGCAGGGUUCUGUGCAUGGGGCACCUGUGUGACUGGAGGGACAGGUCAUUUCCCAGAGAGAGAAGAUCUAGAAGGGGAAGCCUAAGGGUUUCACUGUCUGCCUCAAAGUCCAAAAGGAUGUUCCAACACUGCCUUAGAGCAGGUCUACCCUGCACUUUUUAAACAGAAAAUCUGGUGAAUUUGGGUCUGGAGGGAGCCCACACCCCCCUCACCGCCUGAGGUUUCCACAAGGAGAACAAAGCAUGGGUAGAUGGUUCAUGACUUUUAGUCACCCUGAAAAUAUGACCCAGCGGAACAAAAGGAAGAGGCACAGACAUAAUGGCAGGGGCUCCCCAGGCAGCCAGGUUACACAACUGCCCCCACUGCCCACCUGAAUUUGCCUUGGAAUCACCACCUUGCAUCACCUGAUGGCUCAACCUCCUUUGUUCCCAACCUCCCCAGGUUCUGUAUUAACAUCUCUUUAGUUCUAUGUCUAAUGUCCAGAUAAAAUCAACACCACCUUUAUCUGCAGCCAAAGCACCUGUUGCUUUCCUGUCAGGGAGAUAAGCCAUGGAAGCUUUCCUGCCUGGUUCUCACAAAAAAUGACCAUGUGCCAGCCUUUGGCAUGACUUGGCCAGGAGGUCACGUGGUUACAUGAGCUCUGCUUGUCCAGCUCCAGCGCCCAGUUUCACAACAACAUGUGACAGCAAGUUACUGGAUUUAGGAUUUCUUUGGUUUUCGUUUUUGCCAAGGAAAGGAUUUGAGGGUCUGUAACUAUCACUUCUUUUCAUGCUGUGGUUCUCUUUGAGUCUGUAUGUGUCCUUCUUGCCACCACUGGUUUUGUGACAAGUCUUAUUCCUCAGAAACAUCAAGGUGAUUUCCUAUUCAAGUGAACACAGCUCAUAUUGUUCCCACAUACUUUCCUUUUCACAAGGAGUUGUUCUUAUCAAUAAAAAUUUUUUCCUUUGUUAGACUGUUCACCACAUCUGGAGAGUCAUAAACAGUAACUACAUGGUAUCAAUGCCCAGAAUAGAAGAGUUAGAAUAUUUUGAUGAAAUCCUAUUUUUAGAUUAUAAAUUUAAAGAUGUGUCUAUAGGAUCUUGUUUAAAAAAAUUUAAAAAAAACAUUUAAAACUUAGACAUUUUUAAUUUAGGGAAACUAAUACACCCAUUUUUUAAGAAGCCAUUUUAAUGAAAUCAUUUACGCAAUUGGCCCAAAACACAAUAAACUUCACACUUUCUCGUGUGGACAAAGGGGGUCAGGGACAGCAUUUCUUCUGCACUGACCGUGGUGACCACCUGGCAGAAGUCUGGUUGCACUCAGCAGGCCCUGGUGUACCGGUGCUGGUUUCCUCACCUUCUGGAGUCCAGUUCCCGAGUUGGUCACCCAUCGCAGUCAGGAGGGUCUGCGUCCUGCGCGUUUCCAGCUCCGAGUUCUCACAGAGUUUGCGGGCGGUGUGACAAAUUAGAAGUCCGCGAUUCAGGACAGCCUGUAACACCAUCAAGCAGCAUCUAGCAAGGACAACACCCCUCUGAGGUCUUGCUGGCCUUUUUAUGCUUCUGCAGGCACCGUGAUGAGAUGUGGGGUAGGUGGGGACAGGGCAGGUGGGUGGGACCCACACGUGCAAAGAUGGGGGCGCUCUCGGCCCUGUCCGUGGUCCUGACCCGUUGCAACUUGCAGCUCUGCUGUUUCUGGGAACCCUGGGGUAUUGUUGGCUCCUGUCAAACUCCUCCCACAAAUUCUGAAUCAGAUACAGGACGGGGGUGGGCGGUGAGGCAGCUGCCACAGAUGAGGCAUGCAGACUGCACAGUGACGGCCUGGGGCAACAAAUGCAGCCCCUCUCGGUCCUGGACAGUCACCACUGUCUGCGGCUUCUCCCACCAGCACUGCCUCUCUGGUUUUCUUUCUCACACGUUCCUCUCCCUCCACGUUCUGUUCCCUUUUGUAUUGCCUUCCUUCCCUAUCCUAAACUUCCGAUUCCCUCGGACUGGAGUCUCAGGCGUGUGUCUGCCCCAAGCUCCACAAUGCUCAUCUGUGAAGCAGGUGGACACUCAGGAUAGGCCUGAGUCUGAUGGGUUCCUUUGACGUGUUGUCCAGAGGGAUUUACGAGAGUCCUUUCCUGGUUUCCUGUAACAUGGCCAUGCAGUCAGACCUCCCACCAAAAGGGAUACCGAUGGCCACAUCUCUACAAAUUCAGAGUAGACAAUACCACUUCUGCAGGGGACUGCAGACAGUAUCAAACCUGCAGAAGGUAAUACUUUGUUUCCCAACUCAUCAUUUCACAGUCAAAAUUUGGGGGAUGCAACAGCCUCUAAGAUAAAAUGACUGGGAGUUUAGGGCCUCUUUUCGCACAGGCACUAGAUUUCUAUCACUCUGCAGUAUAUGCAUCAGUAAAAACAAAAAAAUACUUUCCCAGCAGUGCCCAAUUAACUUUCAAAUAAUUUCCAGCAUUUUUUUAAGCAAAAUUAACUUAACAAAUAGUAAUUCUUAAGUGAAGGUUUGUACAUAAACAGCAUGAUU